AAGAAAUGAAACUUUCAAACUUUGGAUUCCUUUUGGGACUGUGCGCUAUUAACUCUGAAAUUUUGGCACAAACAUUUGAUAAUGCUCAAGCUGACAUGUUGAAUUAUCAUUCUCAAAUUGACCAUCUUGCUCGUCGCAAUUUUUAUAACUGGAACCCCGGCUGGAGUGGUUGGAACGGCUGGGGAGGUUGGGGAGGCUGGGGAACGCCUCCUACACCUCCCACACCUCCCACACCUCCCACUCCUCCUUCAUCAGUUUGGUAUUAACCAUUCAUGUCGUAUCCUAUAGCAAAUACUCUUUAUAUACAUUUGAGUACAAUCUCUAUUUUUUCUCUUUUCUGCCAUCAAUAAAUCAUCUUAUAUUCUUGGUCUUUUCAUAUCGUUUUUUACUUUAUCCCAAGAAAUGCACAUGCCAUCUCUAUAGAGAAUUGAUGACUUUUCUAGUAAUUUGAAUAAAAAGAAAUGUAGAUAUAAGGCGUUCUUU